CUCGCGGUUACCGCUGCCUCUGCACUAGAGCACUAGCUGAAGAUAAAUUGGUGAACAGAAUUAUUCUCUCUCUUUCUCUCUCUCUAAAGUCGGUUGCUUUCACAGGGCAAGAACUAUGGAGGACGUGAUGUCAAUGGAGGAAAUCAAAGAGACAGCCUCUCGCCUCGGCAUCGAUCUGUCUCAGCUCGAUUUGGACUCCAUUCGCCUCCCUCCUGGUGAAGACUUCGGCAUCAAAAGUGAUGAUGAGGAUUUGAAUGAGGAGGACCCUUUGGAGUUUGAUGCCGGGUUUGGUAAUAUUAUUGUGGUGGAUAAUCUACCAGUUGUUCCAAAGGAGAAAUUUGAGAAGCUGGAGGGAGUAGUUCGGAAGAUAUACAGUCAAAUAGGAGUGAUAAAAGAGGAUGGGCUUUGGAUGCCUCUUGAUCCUGCCACCCAGAAAACCCUUGGGUACUGCUUCAUCGAGUACAAUACUCCUCAGGAAGCUGAACUUGCUAAGGAGAAGACAAAUGGAUACAAGUUAGACAAAGCACAUAUAUUUGCUGUGAAUAUGUUUGAGGACAUCGAGAAGUUCUUGAAAGUUCCAGAUGAGUGGGCUCCUCCUGAAACUAAACCAUAUGCACCAGGGGAAAAUCUACAACAUUGGCUUACUGAUGAGAAAGCUAGAGAUCAGUUUGUUAUUCGCGCUGGUUCUGACACGGAGGUUUUAUGGAAUGAUGCGAGACAUUUGAAGCCUGAACCUGUUUAUAAACGUUCUUUUUGGACUGAAAGUUUUGUACAGUGGUCCCCACUUGGGACUUACUUAGCCACAGUUCAUAGGCAGGGUGCUGCUGUAUGGGGGGGUGCCACUUCCUUUAACCGCCUUAUGCGUUAUGCUCAUCCACAGGUAAAACUGAUUGAUUUUUCUCCUGGUGAGAGAUUUUUGGUGACUUAUAGCAGCCAUGAACCGAGCAAUCCUCGUGAUACGCAUAGGGUUGUGUUAAAUAUCUUUGACGUGAGAACUGGAAAAGUGAUGAGAGAUUUCAAGGGAAGUGCAGAUGAGUUUGCAAUUGGAGGAACUGGAGGUGUUACAGGGGUGUCUUGGCCUGUUUUCAGGUGGGGCGGUGGGAAAGAAGAUAAAUACUUUGCCAGAAUUGGGAAAAAUGUAAUCUCUGUCUAUGAAACUGAGACCUUCACUCUUAUUGACAAAAAAUCCUUUAAGGUGGAUAAUGUGAUGGAUUUUUGUUGGUCCCCAACUGAUCCCAUUCUUGCACUCUAUGCACCUGAGCUUGGUGGUGGGAACCAACCUGCAAGGGUGAGUCUUCUUCAAAUUCCAAGCAAAGAGGAGUUGAGGCAGAAGAAUCUCUUCAGUGUUAGUGAUUGCAAAAUGUAUUGGCAAAGCAAUGGGGAAUACCUUGCUGUUAAGGUUGACCGAUACACUAAAACUAAGAAGAGCACAUACACUGGCUUUGAGCUUUUCCGAAUCAAAGAACGGGACAUACCCAUUGAGGUUUUCGAGCUUGAAAACAAGAAUGACAAGAUUAUUGCAUUUGCUUGGGAGCCAAAGGGCCACAGAUUUGCAAUUAUCCAUGGUGAUGGCCCAAGGCCUGACGUGACUUUCUAUUCGAUGCGGAGCGCUCAUAAUGCAGGUCGAUAUUCAAAGCUCACAACUCUCAAGGGUAAGCAGGCAAAUUCUCUUUACUGGUCACCAGCCGGUCGCUUCAUUAUACUGGCUGGGUUGAAGGGUUUCAAUGGACAGUUAGAGUUCUACAAUGUGGACGAGCUUGAAACCAUGGCAACAGCAGAGCAUUUUAUGGCAACCGAUAUUGAAUGGGAUCCUACUGGAAGGUAUGUUGCUACGGCAGUUACCUCAGUUCAUGAGAUGGAGAAUGGUUUCAACAUAUGGUCCUUCAGUGGAAAGUUACUGUAUCGGAUACCAAAGGAUCAUUUCUUCCAGUUUCUGUGGCGCCCAAGGCCACCAUCUUUCUUGAGCCCUGAGAAAGAGGAAGAGAUUGCUAAGAACCUGAAGAAGUAUAGCAAGAAGUAUGAAGCAGAGGAUCAGGAUGUGUCGAUGCUAUUAAGUGAACAGGAUCGUGAGAAGCGGAAGAUGUUGAAGGAUGAAUGGGAAAGGUGGAUCAACGAGUGGAAGACACUGUAUGAAGAAGAAAAAAUGGAGAGGCAGAAGCUGAGGGAUGGUGAAGCCAGUGAUGAAGAAGAGGAGUACGAGGCCAAAGAAGUUGAAGUGGAGGAGUUGUUGGAUGUUUCCGAGGAGAUUCUUUCCUUUGACUCGGAGCAGUAGUGAGUGUUAUUCAGUGUAUAGUUUUUGAAGCUAUAAAAUGAGGUUCCUCAAUUGAGAUCAUGGUGGAAUAUGGAUAUGCCCUCAGCAGCAGAGGAUUUUCACUAGUUACCAGUUUUUUUUUUGAUAUGUUCUGUAGGGCCUUAAUGUUUGUUAUUUAUGACACUUUUUGUUCCUAAAUAGGAAUUUUCUCUUGUGAUAACACUCGCCAGAAUUAUAAUACUUAUCCCAGCAACAAGAAGUGAUUUUAAUCGCUUAAUGACAUUCAAAGUUUUGUCCCUUGCCAUGAAGAUAUGCAUUGAAGUUGGGUAUUUGAG